AUUGAGUUGAGUGAGUUGUCUUUUCUAUCGAAAAUAGAGCAUGAAAGACAAAUAUAAUAAUAUCGAAGCUAUUCAUCAUCGAACUCUUUAAUUACAAGUAACAGUGGUUUUCAGUAAAGCUAGUAAUCAGUGUACAUAAUUGCAGCUAAGAUAAAAAGGUUAUGGUGGCUUGCUACCACAGAUUUCAAAACCUAACCUAGGUCCCACAUGCAAUUUGAAGUUUAAUGAAUUAAAUCCAGUUUCCAGUCACGAUGGCUGAUAAAAUAAGAGUUGAUUCAAAAUUCGACAUGAAGGGCAACUAUGAGCCCUCUGCUUCGGAAGAUGAGUACUCUGAAGAAGAAAAAGAACUACUGGAAAAGGUGCGUAAAAGGAAACACCAAAACUCUGACAGUGAGGAAGAGAUGUACGCAUUCUCAGAGUCUGAUGAGGACUCCGAUGGUAAAAAAGAUGAUUUAGGCAUUGCAGAUAGUGACGUAGAAGGGCAGGAAAAGUCAGACGAUGAUUUGCCCGACUCUAAAGCUUGGGGCAAAAACAAAAGGUCUUACUAUGCUACUGACUAUGUUGAUGAGGACUAUGGUGGCUUUGGAAACGAUGAAAGAGCAGCCCUUGACGAAGAAGAAGAGGCAAGAAAUAUUCAAAAAAGGCUUUUAGAACAACUUGGUGAAGAAGAUUUUACAGAAGACUAUAUCAAUAAACUUGCCGCCAAAGCUAAAGAUGCUGAGUCAGUUGUAAAAAGUGAUUUAAGUCAGAUGUCCAAGAGGCAAAAACUACAAUUACUAGAAAAGGAGAGCCCAGAGUUUGCCGGUUUGAUUGAUGAUUUUAAAUCUAAACUGACAGUGGCUAAAGAUGAUUUACAUCCAGUUUUAAGGCUUGUCAAUGAUGGAAAACUACCACAAUGUCCAGCUUCAAAAUUUGUAAAGACUAAUUUUGAUCUUAUCCUAAAUUACUGCACUAAUAUUAGUUUCUAUUUAUUACUUAAAAGUCAAAGAAUCAACAUACAGAAUCAUCCAGUUAUCAAAAAGCUUUACCAGUACAGACAGAUGUUAAAUAAGAUGGAGCCUAUCUACCUCGAAGUGGUGAAGCCCCAAAUAGACAAUAUAUUACAUGCUGUUAGCAACAACUUAGAAUUACAAGUUACAGAGCAAAAGGAGGUAAGCAAGAAACGCAAAUCAGAGAAUGUACCUGCUGAACCAACAUCAAAGAAACUUAAACUUAUUUCUGCUUUGGAGAAAGAUGAAGGAGAAGACACAGGUGUAUCGGAUAAUGAAGAUGAAUAUGAAGACAAUCAAUCUGAAGUUGAUCAUGUUGCUAAGAAUAAUGAUGAAUCUGAAGAAAGUGGAUUCUCAGAUAAUGAUGCCCUACCUCAAGAGAAGGAUGAUAGUAAACCUUCCACAUCACACGACAUUGUACCUGUUGAUGGAGAUAAGCGAGAAAUUACUUAUCAGAUAGCCAAGAACAAGGGUCUAACUCCACAUAGGAAGAGAGAGCAGAGAAAUCCUAGAGUCAAACAUAAACUCAAGUACAGGAAGGCUAAGAUCAGGAGGAAGGGAGCAGUCCGUACUCCUCGCACUGAGGUAACUAGGUAUGGUGGUGAAGCCUCAGGUAUUAAGGCUAAUGUGAAAAAGAGCAUUAAAAUUAAGUAAUGAAUACAUGCUUAUGUAUUUUAUUAUUAUAUUUUGUACAAUAAAGUUAUGUACUGCA